UAAAGGGAUCUCAUAGUGCGGACGAGUGCUCCAUGUACUCAAUGUUCUGCUUUUCUCCCUACAUUCACAUAAAGUCAACACCAUGGCCAGGAAGCAUAAGCUCCUUUUUGCCGGAUUACUGAUUUUCCUUGCAGUAAAGUGGAGUUUGUGUAUUUCAGAAGAAGAGCUCCAUGCCAGCUACUGGAACAACAAAGCAAGGCAGGCUCUUCACGCUGCCCUGAAUGUUCAGCCUAAUAUCCACCAGGCCAAGAACGUCAUCCUCUUCCUGGGGGACGGUAUGGGGGUACCAACAGUGACUGCGGCCCGGAUCCUCAAAGGCCAGUUGGCAGGAAAAUCCGGAGAGGAGACUAGUCUGGUCAUGGAUACCUUUCCUCACCUGGCACUGUCAAAGACGUACAAUGUUGAUCAGCAGAUGCCGGACAGCGCUGGCACAGCCACAGCAUACUCAUGUGGUGUGAAAGCCAACUACGGCACCCUGGGUGUCACCGCUGCCACGCCAAGGUCCAACUGUAGUGCUAGCUACGGGAAUGAAGUCACAUCUGUUCUGCACCGUGCCAAGAAAGCAGGAAAAUCUGUGGGAAUUGUCACAACAACCCGAGUGCAGCACGCCUCUCCCGGAGCAAACUAUGCUCACAGCGCCGAUCGCGGCUGGUAUUCUGACUCUGACCUCACACCUGAGGCCGUCCAAAAUGGAUGCCGUGACAUUGCAUAUCAGCUGAUCCACAACGUUGAGAUAAAUGUCAUUCUUGGUGGAGGUCGUCAGUACAUGUUUCCCAGUAACAUGCAGGACCCAGAGUAUCCAUCUUAUAGAGGAGACAGACUGGACGGACAGAAUCUGGUUGCGGAGUGGAUUAAGAACAAAAAGAAUGUGAAAUAUGUUUGGAACAAAGCUGAUUUUGACGCUGUCAAACCUUCCCGUACAGACUUCUUGAUGGGUCUUUUUGAGCCCAAAGACUGCCGUUAUGAGUUGGAGCGUGAUUCCUCCAUGGACCCGUCACUCACUGAGAUGAUGGAGAAAGCAAUAAAGAUUCUGAGCAAGAACCCUAAAGGAUUUUUCCUCUUUGUGGAAGGCGGGAGAAUUGACCAUGGUCACCAUGGAGGGAGGGCCAAACGAGCCCUGUAUGAGGCUGUUGAGUUCGACCGGGCCAUCGGGCGAGCCGCUGAACUCACCAGUGAGCUGGACACCCUGACUGUGGUCACUGCUGACCACUCCCACGUCUUUGCCUUCGGAGGACAUUCUGUCCGAGGAAACUCUGUUUUUGGAGUGUCUCGCUUAAAAGCUGAAGACAAUAAGCGCUUCACCACUGCUGUGUAUGGAAAUGGACCAGGCUACCAGAUUGCCAAUGGAACUCGCCCAGAUGUGAAUGACACAAUUUCAUCGAAUAAUAAUUACCGGCAGCAGGCUCCUGUCCCUCUCGAUUCAGAGACCCACGGCAUAGAGGAUGUAGCCAUCUUUGCCAAAGGCCCCAUGUCGCACCUCUUCCAUGGGGUCCAGGAGCAGAACUACAUUGCCCACGUCAUGGCUUACGCUGCCUGUGUGGAGCCCUACGAAGACUGCAAACUGCCCCCGCCCAACCACGCUGGAGCCAUCCGCCCAAGCCUGCUGCUCCUCCUGACGGGCCUUCUUCUCCUCUCGCUCUACUCUGUCUGAGUCGGAGAUCACAGCCUCAGCACAAAGUUGCUGAGCUUGGAAUAUCUGUGAAAUCAGAAACUUUUCUUGGAAUUUUUUUUUUGUAUACAUUGUAUUUUCUGUUUGGGAUUCAAAGUUGCGUAUAGUUGCACAACUUCGAGAUCACUGCCAUUUUGAAUAGUUUCUGUUUGUCCAGGUAUAAAUAUUCACUUUAUUCAUAUAGCACCUUGCAGUAGAAAUAAAGACGGCUUUCACAAGGAGAACAAAUAAAAACAAAAACACAAAAAAUUAUUGAUUUUUUUUUACUACAUAGAGCCAUGACUUCUGAACACUACUGAGUUUAUUUAUAUGAAAAUAUAUUCACUAUUUUGUAAAUAUUUUUGAAUAAAGGAGUGAUUUCCCAAGGA